UGGAGCCGGGCGCUCUGGCAGGGCUGCCUAUGGCUCUCCAGGUGGGCGUGUGACCCUGCGCAGGGCGCUGCCAGGCCGGAAGUCAAGGAUCGACCCGACCGACCCUAGCCCUCGCCCCUCACCCUCGACGGGCCCCGCCCCCAGCAGGUCUCGCCCCGCCCGCGGCCGCAGCAGCCCCAGUCACCCUGGCCCUCCGCGCUCCUGUGGUCCCAGGCAUGGCGCGUGCCCUGGAGCCUGAGCGCCGGCUGCUGGCCGUCUACACCGGCGGCACCAUCGGCAUGCGGAGCGAGCGCGGCGUGCUCGUCCCUGGGACCGACCUGACUGCUGUGCUGAGGACCCUGCCCAUGUUCCACGACAAGAAGCACGCCAGAGCCUGCGGCCUCCCCGAGGACACCCUGGUGCUGCCCCUGGCCAGUCCGGAUCAGAGGAUUUUCUACACCGUGCUGGAGUGCCAGCCCCUCCUGGACUCCAGCGACAUGACCAUCACAGAGUGGGUUCAGAUUGCCCAAACCAUAGAGAGACACUACACACAGUACCACGGUUUUGUGGUCAUCCACGGCACCGACACCAUGGCCUUCGCCGCCUCGGUGCUGUCCUUCGUGCUGGAGAACCUGCAGAAGCCCGUCAUCCUCACCGGGGCCCAGUUUCAAAAUCAGCUGUUUCGGGGCGACCGGGCCACCAAGGUGGACGCACGGCGGUUCGCAGCCUUCUGCUCCCCCAACCUGCCCCCUCUGGCCACUGUGGGUGCUGACGUCACGAUCAACCAGGAGCUGGUGCGGAAGGUCAGUGGGAAGGGCCGACUGCUGGUGCAUGGCAGCAUGGAGCGCGAUGUGGGCCUUCUUCGCCUCUACCCUGGGAUCCCCGCCUCCCUGGUUCGGGCCUUCCUGCAGCACCCCCUGAAGGGCGUGGUCCUGGAGACCUUCGGCUCGGGAAAUGGGCCCACCAAGCCGGACCUACUGCAGGAGCUGCGGGCGGCGGCUGAGCGCGGCCUGACCAUCCUCAACUGUACCCACUGUCUCCAGGGUGCUGUGACCACAGACUACGCGGCUGGCAUGGCCGCGGCAGGAGCUGGCAUCGUGUCAGGCUUUGACAUGACCUCGGAGGCUGCCCUGGCCAAACUGUCAUUUGUGCUGGGCCAGCCUGGGCUGAGCCUGGACGACAGGAAGAAGCUGCUGGCCAAGGACCUCCGGGGGGAGAUGACGCCACCCGGGACUCUGGAGCACCGGCCCUCACUGCGGGGCAGCGCCCUGGGCUGCAGGGUUGCCUGGCUCCUCAGUCUGGGUAGCAGCCAGGAGGCUGACGCCGUGCGGGACGCCCUGAUGCCCAGCCUGGCCUGCGCCGCAGCCUACGCGGGGGACCUGGAGGCCCUGCAGGUGCUGGUGGAACUGGGCAGUGACCUGGGCCUGGAGGACUUCAACGGGCAGACUCCACUGCACGCGGCUGCCCGCAGGGGGCAUGCUGGUGUGGUGGCCCUGCUGCUGAGCAGGGGCGUGGACGUGGACACCCGUGACGAGGACGGCUUCAGCCCGCUGCUGCUGGCUGUGAAGGGCAGGCACCCAGAUGUCAUCAGGCUGCGGGGGGGGGCGGGGGCCUGCCUGUCCCCCCAGGAGUUGGAGGACGCAGGGACAGAGCUGUGCAGGCUGGCAUCCAGGGCGGACGGCGAAGGCCUGCGGGCAUGGUGGCAGGCGGGGGCUGACCUGGGGCAGCCGGGCUAUGAUGGCAGCAGUGCCCUGCGCAUCGCAGAAGACACAGGGGACCAGGAAGUGCUGGCCCUUCUGCAGAGCCUCGAGGGGGAGGCCGGCGUCCAAACUCAGGCCCAGCUAACCCCUGAAGACCAGACCUGAGCCUUGGAGGGUCCUGUCAUGGCCUCUGAUCCUCCACUGUAAACCCCACCCCACCCCACCUCAACCCCUGGGCCAGGGCCUCCUGCCUUCUCCAGACAGGCUGCCAGGCAGGCACCUCAUUCCCCACUCCAUUAUCUGGCCUCCUGUCGAGGCUCAAGGCUGGCUGGGUUUGCUCAGGUCUCAGUGGAAAGGCUGGGCCCCAUGGAGGGAGGUAGGGUGCCCAGACUUGUCCCUGCCUCCCUCGCUGCCCAGGCCUCUGCGUGCUCUCAGGAGGGAGACGCACCUUCAGGAGUGCUGCCUGCCGUCCGACCCCUAGCCAUUUCUUCCUGCUGGCAGGGUCGGGGCAUCUGCCCGCCCCGGCCGAGGCUCUUCCCAGUCCAUUUCCGGAACAAGCCCUGAAGGCCUUUGCCGGGCAGGAUGAAAAUAAACUUGCUCUGGGGGCUGCUGCCCCGGGUCCCCACA